CUCUGCUCUGCUGUCUCCGUGUCUCUGUCCCCGUGUCUCUCUGUCCCCGUGUGUCUCUGCUCUGCUGUCCCCGUGUCUCUGUCUCCGUGUCUCUGUCCCCGCGUCAUGUCCGGACCCGGAGACUUCGGGAACCCUCUGCGCAAGUUCAAGCUUGUCUUCCUGGGGGAGCAGAGCGUGGGGAAGACGUCGCUGAUCACGCGGUUCAUGUACGACAGCUUCGACAACACGUACCAGGCAACGAUUGGCAUCGACUUCCUCUCGAAGACCAUGUACUUGGAGGACAGAACGAUCCGACUGCAGCUGUGGGACACGGCGGGGCAGGAGCGCUUCCGCAGCCUCAUCCCCAGCUACAUCCGGGACUCGGCAGCGGCCGUGGUGGUCUACGACAUCACCAACGUGAACUCGUUCCAGCAGACCACCAAGUGGAUUGACGACGUGCGGACCGAGCGUGGGGGCGACGUCGUCAUCGUCCUCGUGGGGAACAAGACGGACCUCGUCGAGAAGAGGCAGAUCCCAUUUGAAGAGGGGGAGCAGAAGGCGAAGGACUUGAACGUGAUGUUCAUAGAGACGAGCGCCAAGACCGGAUACAACGUCAAGCAGAUGUUCAGGAGAGUGGCGAGCGCUCUGCCAGGCAUGGACAGUGGCGCUGACGCUGCCAAAGAAGGAAUGGUUGACAUCAAGAUCGACAAGGAAGCCGAAGUCCCCGUAUCGGACUCGGGCUGCUCCUGCUAACAACGCCACUCGCCAUUGGUC